CGGUUUACCAAAACAACUUUCUAUCUUCGAGAUUAUCACCCUUACGGACCAAACGAGCAAAACGUGACAAGCCGCUUGGACGGUGUCAACAUUCAGCAUCGUGGAAGGUCUAACUCUAAUCGCGCCGUUACGGCAUUAAUUCGGAUUUUGGUGCUCAAGCUCAGAGUUACAACAAAAACUAUACAUCAAUCGGCAAUUGACUGUCUCAAACACUGCAGGUCCCCGCCGCUUCAGAGGAGAGGAGAGGAGAGCAUUGUUCGCAUACCUGCCUGGAUUUCACAGCACCAUAGCAGCCCCUAUUUCGCCAUGGACGGCCACGCUAAUACAGCAGAGCCAAAGAACGAAAUACCAUCAUUGAGGUCGUCGGAAUCCGACUCCAGCCUCGAUGAGGAUACACGCCCUCAGAAUCGCGUUUACCAAUCCACACACCACGCCACGCAGCCGUCAUUGCAUCAUGGAGAUCUCGAGCUGGCACGAACAAAAUCCAUUGCGGAGACCAUGUCCCCAAUUCGCGAGUUCUUCUUUGUUGGUCUGCUCUGUUCCGCACAAUUCGUAACACAGGCUGGCCUUCUCAACACGCUUAACAUUCUUCAUAUCAUUGGAUCGGACCUUGGCAUCAACGAUCCGGGUGUUUUGUCAUGGUUGAUUGCAGGCUACUCGCUCACCGUCGGCACCUUCAUUUUGCUUUCCGGGCGAUGCGGUGAUUUGUUUGGCUACAAGAAUAUGGUGGUGCUGGGCUUCAUUUGGUUUGCGAUUUGGAACGUGGUGGCAGGGUGCAGCGUAUAUGUUCAUGGGAACGGUGCGCAGGUGCUAUUCAUAUUCGCAAGAGUGAUGGGAGGAAUUGGACCAGCGAUUUUACUACCGAAUGCGCUGGGAUUGCUAGGGGCGACGUACAACGAAGGCCGGAAGAAAGAUAUGGUUUUCUCACUUUUCGGAGCUUGUGCACCCGGCGGCGCUGUUGUAGGUGGAACAUUUGCCGGCCUUUGGGCGCUCCUCUGGUGGCCCUGGACAUUCUGGACCUUUGGCAUCGCCCUUGUCGUUCUCGCAGUUCUUUCGACUUUCAUCCUGCCAUCUGUCCCGUUAGACCCCGAACUGCGGAACCUCUCAACAAAGGAAAGAAUAAGAGACCUAGACCUACUCGGCGCAUCAGUGGGGAUCACAGCAAUGAUUCUUUUCAACUUCGCUUGGAACCAAGCUCCGGGAUUUGGAUGGGAGCAGCCGUAUAUUUACGCACUAUUGAUUGUUGGGAUCUUGCUCUUCCCGAUCUUCUUCUGGAUUGAGUUGAGAGUUGCGGAAAAGCCCUUGAUACCCUUCGACGUUCUUAGCACGGAUGUGACCUUUGUCAUGCUAUGCGAGAUGUGUGGUUGGGCUUCGUUUGGUAUCUUCGUGUACUACUUCAUCCAGAUCCUCCAACAGCUCCGACAUACAUCACCACUCCUUACCAUGGCGCAACUCAGCCCCGUCGCAAUUUCUGGCUUCAUCGCCGCUAUCACUACGGGCCACGUCAUUUCGCGCAUUGGUCCAGGUUGGGUGAUGCUCAUCAGCAUGCUCGCCUUCCUCACGGGAAGCAUCAUCGUCGCCACGAUGCCAGCCCACCAAAUCUACUGGGCACAGGCUUUUGUAGUUACUUUGAUUAUACCGUGGGGUAUGGAUAUGAGUUUUCCAGCCGGCACCCUGAUUAUGAGUAAUGCAGUGGAGAAGGCACAUCAAGGCAUGGCGGCAAGUUUGGUCAAUACAGUGGUGAAUUACAGUAUCAGUAUUGGGGUUGGUAUAGCGGGAACGGUGGAUAUACACGUUAACAAUGGUGCCCAGACGGUGGAAGAUGAGCUAAGAGGGUAUCGUGGUGCCAUGUACGUAGGCAUAGGGCUGAGUGCGAUGGGUGUAUUGACAAGCGUCUUAUUCCUCUUGAAAAUGCGCAUGCAUGAAAGGCACGUUCAGAGGAAUACGAAAGCAGCGGGGGUGUGACAUUAAAAGCUCGUGGCUUCAAGGCAGUUAGCAGGGCCUCGCAUAGAUGUCUCCAUAGUGCCUUUAUUCUCGUACCAUUGAGUAUUAAACAUAGGGAAG